GGGAGUGAAGAUGGCGGACGAGGAGGCCGAGCAGAUCCACAGCACUGAGAUCGGCAGCGCCGCCGCCGCGAUUGUGGCGCUCAGAGAACGGCUGCAAGAGCUGGCCACCGAGCUGACGGACAGCCGGGAACCUGCCUUGCAUUCCGCUUCCCAAUACUGCCAGAAAUUCUGCCAGACUCUUGUAGAAUAUGCAGGCAGAUGGAAGAUCUCGGAGGCCCCUCUGCCUCUAGUCCAGGUUUACAUGGUAGCCAUAUUAAGCUAUGCUCAAGCUCGACACCAGCUUUCCUCGGAGUGUGACAAUGUAAGCCUUGUACUUGAACGAUUAGCACUGAGCUGUGUUGAGCUUUUGCUGGCACUACCAGAAGAAACCCCAAGUAAUAUAUGGAAGGAGGUCCAGACUUCAGUUCAGACAGCCCAUAAUCUGCUACUGGAGAAUGGAAACGAUGAACUCCAGAUGCUCUGUGCCAUUGCUCAAGAGAGUGGUGUGUGGACAAACUCGGCACUGCAGUGCAUUCUCUCAAAGGAAGCACCACAAGAGGAAACAGGUUGGUAAUAAUGCUCAGGAGAUUGAUAUUAUAAAUCGGACACUUCCUAAUUCAACACUUACUACUGUAUAGACCGAACACUUUUAGAUUUGUAGCUAAUUAAAUUAUUUCAAAAGUCUUACCUGUCGUGCACUUUCAUUCACUAUAUAGGUCCCAGAUGUGCAGUCUUGAAAGAAACACAUGCUGUCGAACAUACUAUAACAUGAUAGCUGGUAGAACACCAGGGUAAAGAAA